UUCGGUGACCGCGCAAGUGUCGGAAGCCUUCCUCAGCAAAGAACCUUCCUUGAAAAUCUUUUGUGAUCCUUCAAAAUGGAUCGAAGGUGGCCACGUCCUCUUCCCACUAGUCAGUUUGGUGAUGUCGUAGAGUUCGACGAGGUCAGUAAUGUCUUGGCUCGUCAGGUGUCCUUCGGUACCGUGGCACUAGGUGCGGGGAAGUAUGGAGAAGUCCGCACUGUGGAAAUGCCAACAGCAGGAGAUAUGGUAGCCAAGACAAUUUUCUUCCAAGCCCGGAACGGCCUGAAGUACAGGGAGCAGGUGUGCCGGGAGGCCAGAGUCUGCUUGAAGCUGCAACAUCCCAACAUCGUUGCAUGCUUCGGUGUCCUGCAGACCCAGCUCUGGCCUGCAAUAUUCUACGAGCGAGUACAUGGUAUCACCCUCGCCAAAGUAAAGAGCAAUGCCUUUGACGCUGGAACGUUUGUGGAGGAAGCCACGCUGACGGGUACGAUCCGCAAGGUACUGGAGGCUGUCCAUUACCUGAAGACAGCCAACAUUGUUCACGGAGACCUGCAGGAACACAACGUGAUGGUUACCCCUGAUGGAGGGGUUAAACUAAUCGAUUUCGGCCUGGCGGAGGAAUUGAUAUUGGGAAAAGCCGAAGUCAUCCGCACCAAGAUGUAUGCUCAUCCACCAGAGCUCAACGUGGUGCACUUCGGCGGCAUUGACAGCAAGACCGAUGUCUUUUUCGUCGGCGGCAUGCUGUACAGAGUAGCCGUACAGCGCCGACCCUAUGGCGACUUUCUUCUUGAGGAUGCAACAUCCCAAAACACCCUCGUGUUGAGAGGUGUUAACAAGGAAUUUGUUCGGUACCGUCAGCUGUCCAAAGAGCUGAAGUCAUUCAUUGACGACCUCAUGAGUUACAUGCCAGAUGAUCGACCCGACGCAGCACAAGCUCUUGAACAUCCUUGGCUGACUGGCGCGCAAGAUUAUCAGCCGCCACAGCUACUCCGCUUCGAGCAAGUGGCAAGUGCUCCUCACGAUGAACGGCAACUAGAUGAGGAAAUUAUUAACAGGAUGGCCACAGAGCUGAAUAUCAGUAGAAACGAGCUGGUCCAGCAAAUCCUCCAAUCCGCAAACAACUGGAGGACUAUUGCAUACAAGGCCAAUGUGCUGGCGAAGUCUCGCUCCCCUCCCAGUCCUCCCACUCCUCCUUCAGCACCAGAGGAGGCAGGUGUGACAGAGGACACACCACUUGUGUCUGUGCCUGCUUCUGCUGCAACAACGGCUGUAGUUGGCGAAGCAGAAGACAGUGCGUCAAGCGUCCCCCGCCGCAGCUUCUCCAUCCGCUGCUUAUUGUGCUGUUGAUUCACUGCUUUCUCAAUUGUUUCUAAUAAAAAAUUAUUUUCAAAGUGGA